CCCUCUCUCUCCAGUCCUCUCUCCUCUCCCUCUCUCUCCUCUCCAGUCCCUCUCUCCUCUGCCUCCAGACCCUUCAGAACUUCCGAACGGUAUCAUUUUUGGAGCUGAAAUUCACAAGGGAAGGGGUUCGGCUUGUUAGCAAGAGCUCGGGAGUCUCUUUAUUGAGCCCCUGAGCACGUCUGGAGGCCCACAGGACCGGCCUGGGGGGAAACCGGGUCUGGUUCCGCUCGGAGCGGAGGGGGGAGAGAUGAGCAGCGUGCCGAGCCCACAGAGCCCCAGUCAGCUGGCUCUUGUUUUCGCUGCAGUGUGGAAGCUCUCCCAGAUCCCCCGCCCCCCCAGGCUAACACCCCGCAUUGUCACAGCGCCGCUCGAACAAUAGGUCGGGCUGCGGGCGGAAGGAUGUGCGAGCAGCGCGAGCUGGGCUUUUACCUGUGACGUCAGCCCCUUUAUAAUACGGGCUCACACCGCUCGAGCUUAAAAUUCAUUUCUGUUGUUUUUUCCCCCCACGAGCACCGUGCGGAGCGAACGGAGGGGAGAGAGGAGGGGGGGGGCGACAUUUCCCCAUCUGCGCAUCUGCGGGGUUAAUUAAACCCGAGCGGAGAGAGAGGCAGCGAGAGAGCCGCACCGACACAUCCAUCUGUGGGAAAACAGGACGAGGCAGCGGGCUCGGUGCGCGAACAGCGCUCUGCAGACACGGCCGCACAGAGGAGGGGCGGACUGGGCUGGACGGGUCGAGUCCAUUUCCCACGGCUGGCCUGGUUUAACCGUCGUCACGAGACGGCGCUGCACCUGACCGCGGUGGUCAGCGGAACCGCGAGGGGGUGAGUGUCCGCGCCCCCGGGCUGGGCUCGGUCCGGCAUGCUGGAGAGGGGCUCUGCCCAGCGGCAGGAGCUCGGAAAAACACCCGGAGUCGGACCCCGCGCCCCCCCACCGCUGGGGUGCCGUGUGCGAGACUAAUCCACAGACCCGCAAGACCGGAAAAUAGGGCGAGGGGGAGACUGUAAUGGACUCUGGCGCCGCAGUGCCUGGGAAGCGGCGCUGUGACUGAGACUAAACUGCACUCCGCGCGCUCCUCUCGCGGCGAACACAAGGCCGGGGCCCCCGCCGAUGUGCGGCUGAGCCGCGCGGCUCCGACAUGGGCAGCGGCGACGCCGAGCGGGCGCAGCGCGAGCUGGGCCGCCUGAGCGACGAGGACCUGCUGCGCAGCUCGAAGGAGGAGCUGGUGGCGCGGCUGCGGCGCGAGGAGGCGGACAAGAUCGCCGCCCUGCUGCAGCGCGGCCGGCUGAUCGCGGAGGUGAACCGGCAGCUGCAGGGCCACCUGCUGGAGGUGCGCGAGCUCAAGGCCGUCAACCAGCGGCUGCAGCAGGACAACCGCGAGCUGCGCGACCUCUGCUGCUUCCUGGACGACGACCGGCUGAAGGCCAAGCGCCUGGCGCGCGAGUGGCAGCUGUUCGGCCAGCACGCGGCCCGCGUGCUGCGCGACGACCUGGGCGGCUACCUGCAGAAGCUGGCGGAGCUGGAGCGCCUGCAGGGGGCGCUGCUGCGCGAGAACCUGGACCUGAAGGAGCUGUGCCUGGUGCUGGAGGAGGAGUGCGUGGGCCGGGCCGAGGGCAGCCCGGCCGGCUCCUCCGAGCUCAGCCUGCCCUGCCUGGCGCGCGACCUGGGCGACGGCAGCUCCAGCACGGGCAGCGUGGGCAGCCCGGACCAGCUGCACGCCGCCUGCUCGCCGGAGGACUGACGCGGCGGGACGCGGGACUGCGCCCUCGUGCGCCAACAGUGGGUGUUGUGGUCGUGCUGUCGUUCCCCGGGCCGGUCUGGGCCGGGCCGGGUGUGUUCUGUGUGUGACUGGCGCCGGAUUGUUACUCGAGGGCUGAGGCCUCAAUACAUCUCUCUGACCAGUCGGGCUGAGCAGCUGCUGUCCUUCUGUGGGCGACGGCGAGGGCACCCUUGGGUGGGGGGGGGGCGUGGGGUACUGGCCUGGGCUGUGGAGUUGGCGAGUUGCACACAGUAACCCGGGGGGGGCUAAAUGAGACCCUGUGUGUGAAAUACUCGCUGUCCUCCUCUGCAGGCCAGGCCAAGGGGUGCCGGUGGGCUGCGGGUUCGGUUUUGAAAGCAGCACAGCAGCGGUGAGGAGCCAUCUGACGCACGUAGCUCAUCCGGCAGUUAGGGGUUAAUCGAUCCCAGGACCCCAGUCGUGUGUGGAGAGAAGCCAGGGUAUCGGCUCCAGCAACAUGGCUGGGCUGCUUGUUCCACCCUCCCGCCUCCCUCUGUGUACAGUAGUGCCUCCUGUGCUGCCCAGAUCUCGCCCAGCUGUGUCGACUGCUGGGCUGAGUCAGAAAAGGUUCGAACAAGCAAUUGAGUCACUGGCCGGAAGCCUGGCAGGGCGUGAAUUCACCUGUUUUGUGCUCACGUGUGGCCUUGUACACGAGCAUCUACUUCUGGCCCUGCGAAGCACCGGCUCCUUGCAGCAGUGAGCUCCGUGUCCAGCCUGCUGCUCGUUCAGCCACAGGAAAGGACACCGUGCCCCUGUCCAGCUGCACUGAGCGACAUGUGGACACAGGUCCGGUCCCGUUAGACCAGGAGGACAGCUGGUCCGGUGGCUCAGGUCCCGUUGAAGCAGGUCGGACGUGUUCAGUCCCAGCUAACUGUAUCCAAGGGGGGCGUUAGUGUGGCCAGACUACAGGACAGCCGAGCAGAAGCUUGGAAACCCAUUCAGACUCAGAGGUUGAUUAGGGACCCUGUCCAGCUGCCCCUCGCCUGAGACCUGCUAACUCAGGCCAGGCGCUGGGCCCGGUCCGGGCUCUCCUCGCGCUGGCCACCGGGCCCACAGACAGGAAGUGUGUUCCAGGAGAGGGAGGAAGCCGGCUUCCUGUGACAUCACUCUCUCUCGGCGCAGGAUGUCCUGAGGAAGAGCCACAGGCCGCCACACCCCAGACACCCCCCCCCCUCGAGCGAGCUGUCCACCGACACCCCAGCACGAGCAGGCCAGCUGGCCUUCUGCCCCGAGGUGCUAAAACAAAUCAGAUCAGCUUUCCUUCGCUUUAUUUUCAUAACUCAGCUUGCAAAAACACAAACAUCCAUAAAUUUCAGUCAUAUGAAAAUAAGUUAUACAAAAAUAUCUUUUUCUGCAAUAAAUAUAUCUCUCUAAUUUC